AUGGUGCGCGCGCUGGUGCUGCUGGCGCUGGGCGGGGCUGAGGAGACCCCCGCCCCCUCGAGCCCCGCCCCCUGCCGCGUGCUGUACGCGCGGACCUUCGGGACCCCCCCCGAGCCCGGGACCCCUCCCCGGCAGCGCCUUCGCCGUAAGGAGCAGCUGCUGGCCGUGGCCAGACAAGUGGCUUCCCACUGCCACCUCCUCCAGUCCUCCUCACCUCGCCCUUUGUCCCCCCAACUCCCCCAGCUCCCCGACGACCCCAUCCCACUCCAAGACGCCCCGGGGGGGCUUUUCCACCUGCCUCCCGGCGACCCCUUCCCCGAGGGGGUGACGGUAGCCUGGUUGUCGGUGGUGGCCGUCGCCUUGGCUUUGGUUUGCGACCCUCGGGAGAACCUUUUGCUGGCCGAGGUCACCCUGCGCCGCUUGACUCCUCGCUUGCUCCGCUCCCUGCACCUCCUCGGCCCCGGGGCAGAUGUCCUGCUCCGCCCCGAAGUCGCCGACGUCCUCCUCGAUCGUCUCCUGCCUCACGGGGAGAUGCUUUUCCUCAACCAACGUUUCCUCCAAGCCGUAGACAGGGAGUUGGGCAUCAAAAUGAGUCGUUGAAGCUGCCAACUCCCUCCUCCUCUCUGGGAUUUUUUUGGGAGGGGGUGGGAAUGAGCCCACUCUGGGAAAAAAAAAGCUGAAUAAAGAGCAAAGAGACAGCUCUCA